AUGGAGGAGCUUUCUCGAGCGUUCGUCGGCGCCCCCCACCCGAGCCACCAAAGUGUUUGCCAGCGGCAACUUGAGGGUCAGGGAGCACGGCCUGGAGCAGGUUUCGCUGGACUCAUGUCUGCUGCUCACCAGCCUCUCCUCCCCUCUUCUCAAGGCGCAACCAGUCCCCCGCCUCACCAAGGGAACAGUUGUCCGGGCCAGCCCGCGGGCGCGGCUCCGACUGCGGGGCAAGUUCCCAACUCUCUCCAGUUUCAUCUAAAGCAUCUACAGAAUGCGCCCUCGCAACACCAGAUCCCGGCGCUUCCCACCCAGAACCCGCGGGGCUUGGCUGCUCCACACCUGGCCGCAGGCGUAGGCGCGAAGCCUCAAAGUGCAGCUGCCCAGCAGCAGUUGCUGCUGCAGCGUCACCAGUUACUUCUUCAACAGCGCGUUCAACAAGACCACCUUCGGUUUCAACACUUACAUCAACAACAGCUUAUGGCCCAGCAUGGCCCCCGGGGACCGUCACCCGUGCCGUGGCCGGGCCCUCAGGCGACGCACGUCCCGGCCGCCCCAGGUGUAGCGACGCCGGGGAGUUUCGCCCCCGUCGCGGCUUCGGCUACACAGGCGCAACUUCGACCCCCGCUGGCGUCUCCGAGCGCACAUCCGCCCCCGAUGGCCAGCCUGGAGUCCCAGACAGCGCCGCCAAACAGUCGGCCCAGUGCAGAGUCAGAGCUGAGAGGCCAGAGCGCAGGCGACAGGGACGCCGGGCCCUCGCGAUUCGCUGCGGGCGGCUCCGACGCAAGCCUUGGGGCGUCCGAGGACGCGCGAAGGACCGGGAAUGCGCCGUCCGCGUCGCCCGACGCCGUCGGCGUGGGCGCCUCGGGGGUUUCUCCGAGUGGAACGGUAGCGCCUGCCGGGGCCGCGAGUGCGCAGGCGCCGGCGGGGCCUGGAGAGAGUCGAGGAGCUACAGCCGCGGCGGGAUUUCAGCCGCUGCUGGGAAACAAACUCGGCGGCGACGCAGCGUCGCUGGCCACGGCGAUGCAGCGUCAACGACAGCUGCUGCAGCAUCAGCAGCUUCUCCAGUUCCAGCACCAGGCGUUUGCUCACGCACAGGCGUCGGGCGCGGGGGUUCCUCCGCAGAGAGCGCCUGGUGGCCCCAACGGGGUUGGCCCGGGGUUCGGCUUCUUCGGGGCGGGCGACUCCGCGUCUCAAGCGGCUGGGGCGUCCAACCAGGCGAAUCCCCUGCUCCAGCAGCAACUCCUUCAGCAGCAACUCCAGCAGUUGGAGCAGGCGCAGCAAAACCCGUUCUUGAAUCCUCAGCUUCUCCAGCUCCAGCAGCUGCAGCGGCAAAACAUGUAUCUUCGCCACCUUCAGCAGUCCGCCCCGACCUCGUACGGCUUUCCGUCGAGUGUCAUGACGCCGCCCACCGCGGCCGCGGCCGCGGCCGCGGCAGCCCUCGCAGCGUCAGCCGCGAAGACUGCCGGCUCUUCCAGUUCCGCCGCGCCUGUCCAGCCGUACUCGCGCAGGUCUGCAGCAGCUGCUGCGGCGGCGCGCAUGCGGCAGUUCGCGGCGGCAGAGAACGCGACCGACGACGAGUUCUUCGACGCGGAGACGGGGCCUUCGCGCAGCCCGGCGCGACGCGCAGGGGACGGUCUGGCGAAGGGCGGCUCGCGCUCGAAGCGGUCCAGGCAGCAGAGCGGUCGUGGGGCUGAAGACGACGGCUACUACUACGCCUCGCACUCGAUUUCCAGGCAAAACAGCGGAGUGGGCUCCGUGGCAGAGACAGGCGGCGUGCAGCUACGGCAGCGGCGGGCGACUGCGCGGUCGGGGCGGUACUCGGAAAUGCUUGACGACGACGACGAGGAAGACGAUUUUGUCGAAGAAGACGACGACGAGGAAGACAGCGGGAGACGGCGAAGAACGCAACAGAGAGCCGCAGCUGCAAGCUGCCGGGCGCAGCAGCUUCAAACUGCGGACGCGCAGCAAGCGGGAGGCGUCGACAGAGUUCUCGACAGCAGAGUCAACGAAGAUGGGACAGAGGAAUUCUUUAUCAAGUGGCUCGGCCGUUCGCACUUGCACAACUCGUGGAUGACGUACGAAGAGCUCAUGCCGCUUCUCGGCAUCAAAAAGGUUGACAACUUCAUCAAACGCCGCGAGAAGAGACAGCAGGCGGCGCAGUGGAUGACCCCUGACGAGUUGGAGCAGCAGGAGAUCGAACGUCAGAUGCAGCGGCAAAUGGACGAGGACGCGCUGAUUGCGGAGCGGCUGCUUUGCAAGUGGCAAGACCAGGCGACCGGGGAGUGGCUGUACAUCGUCAAGUGGAGGUCGUGCCCGUACGACCAGUGCACGCAGGAGACGGAGAAGGCGUUGCUGGAGCACAACUUCGGUCAUUUGAUGGAGGAGCUCGACGCGCGGACGGAGCGCAUCAAUCGGAAAGUGGCGGCCUCGAUGCAGCCUGGCGCCUUCCGACCCAUCACCGCGACACCCUUCAGCCCCUACUUGGAGACGCCGUUCUACAUGCGCAGGGAGGCGACCCCGGACCCUGACGGCGUCGGCGACGACGAGGAGGAGGACGAGAAGGGAGAGGCGCAGAAACCCAGCGGGGGGACGGGAGGCGAAGCAGCGGCCUCCGCGACGAACGGGGCGGCCGAGCCACAGGACGAGAUAAACGCGACGCAGGCGGUGAGCAAGAGGGAAGAAGUGAGGGAGCGGCCCAAGGGAGAGGAGGGCGACCCCGGCGACGGACCCAAGGUGGAGAAGGAGGAGGCCAGCGGCGAGGGUAUGCAAGCCGAUCAGAAAGGCCAAGCUCUCGGUCCGGUGAAGUCUGAAGGGAAGUCUGAAGGCCCUCAGAACGCGGGGUCUCCGGCGCCGCGGCAGGUUCCCACGUCCUCGUCUCCGGGGGCCAGUCCUUCCCAAGUGGUGGCAGGCGAGAGCGAGAAGGCCGGUCUGAAGCGGAAGACGCAGGUGUUGCGGGAUUACCAGAUGUUUGGAGUCAACUGGAUUUUGUCUCGCCUGAAGCGGGGCGUGUCGGUGCUCUUGGCCGACGAGAUGGGUCUGGGCAAGACAGUGCAGACGAUCGGGGUGACGGGUCACUUGCUGUUCCGCGAGCACUCGCUGAAGCCGAUUUUGAUUUUCGCUCCGCAGUCGACGAUCGACAACUGGAUGCGCGAGUUCCAGCGCUGGCUGCCGCAGGCGAACGUGGUGUGUUUCCACGGGAACGCGUCCGCUCGCGAAAUCAUCAAGAACUACGAGCUCCAGAGGGUAAGCCAGCAGCGGUCGUACCCGCCAGUCUUCAAGUUCGACGUCUGCUUGACGACUCCGAGCAUUCUGAACUGCGCCGCAGACGCGGAGUACCUGAAGCGGAUUCAGUGGGGGCUCCUGGUCGUCGACGAAGCUCACCAGUUGAAGAACAUCAACAGCAAGCGGUUCAUUGAGUUGUCGCUCUUCCUGGUGGACCACAAACUCUUUCUCUCCGGGACGCCGCUGCACAACAACCUCGAGGAGUUGUGGAAUCUACUGCACUUUCUGAAUCCGAACAUCCACCGCGACUGCGCGGAGUUCAAGGCGAGAUACCACCUCGUCGAGAACCACGCGGAGGUCGGGGAGCAGAAGACGGGCCAGCUGGCGGCGCUCCAGGCGGAGUUGAACGGCUUCAUUCUGCGCCGCGUGAAGAAGGACGUGGAGAAGAGCAUGCCGAAGAAAGUUGAGAGCAUCUUGCGCGUCGAAAUGUCGCCGCUCCAACUCAAGUUCUACCGGCUGAUUCUGACCAAGAACUUCGAUUUGCUCGCCAAGAAGGGCGGCGGAAACCGCAGUUCGCUGCAAAACAUCUGCAUGGAACUCAAGAAAGUCUGCAACCACCCGUUCCUGUGUCAGUCCCCCGACGAGGAAGAAGACGGCGAGGAGUGGAGGCGCCUCCUCGUCGACGGCAGUGCCAAGAUGGGACUGCUCGACAAGCUGUUGAAGCGCCUGAAGGAGAAAGGCCACCGCGUCCUCAUCUUCUCGCAAAUGCGACUGGACGGCACCAUGGCAAAGGAAGUGAGGCGGAAAGCGAUGGAACACUUCAACGCCAAGAACAGCGAAGAUUUCUGUUUUCUCCUCUCCACCAAGGCAGGCGGUCUGGGAAUUAACCUGACGAGCGCGGACACAGUCAUCAUUUUCGACUCAGACUGGAAUCCUCAGAACGAUCUACAGGCGGAGGCACGAGCCCACCGCAUCGGCCAAACGCGCACCGUCCAGAUCUACCGCCUGGUGACGAAGGACUCGAUUGAGCAGACGAUUUUGGAGCGCGCAAAGGCCAAGAUGGUGCUGGACACUCUGGUCGUGCAGGGCCUGAAUCAGCGGAGCCUGGAAGGCGGCGCGGGCCUCGGAGCGGGAGGCCUCAGCCUGACGCGGGACGAUUUGUCGCGCAUUUUGAAGUUCGGUGCGUCCAAGUUGUGGAAACAGAGCCAGCCGAAGGGGUGCGAGGAUGUGCAGGGGAAGGCCGAGGAAGAAGAGCCGAGCGGCGAGAAGGACGAGCAGAAGGAAGUCGAUUUGGAUUUGAUUCUCGCAGAGGCCGAGGUCACUGUGACGGAGGCGGGGGCGGGCGGCGGAUCGGGCGGCCUCGCCGACAGUCUCCUGAGCAGCUACCAGAACAUCCAAGAAUUCAAGUACGAGCCGACAGCGCCUGCAAAGACGAAGGGCCGUGGUCGGGGUGGCUCCGCCGCGUGGAGCCUCGGAGCGGACGGCGAGGCCGAGGCCGUGAACGACGCGGAUUUCUGGCAAAAGUGCAUUCCAGAGGAAGAACGCCUCAAGAUGAAGAAAAACAAGGAAGAAGAACUGAUCGUCUACGGGAAGCGAAAGACGCGGAACAAUCUGUUCAUCGGCCAACUGCUCGCGGGCGGAGACGCCUUCGGAUCCCCCAGCGCCGACCCCUUCGGCUCGGGAAACCUCUCGGAACGCAGCAGACGGGGCGAAGGAAAAGGAAGAGAUUUCACACAGGACGAGGCGUCAGACGUCUCGGCCUCGGGGCCGUUUGGGGCGGGUGUCUCCGCGUCCACGCCCUCGUCAGUCCACGGCAACGGCGCGUUGGGGAGCGCCGUUCGCGAGCGCAGAGGUCGCGGCUCGCGGCGGCUCGUCAGCCCCACGAGUCUGACGGACAAGGAACUUCAUCGUCUGUACAGGGCCAUGCUCAAAUACGGGUCUCCGUCGGUCAGGACAGAUGACAUCAUUUUCGACGCACGCCUGGACCGCGUGGAGAAGGAGGUGGUUCUGAGCACCAGUCAGCACAUCAUGUCCCUCUGUCAGAAGCGCCUGCAAGAGGAAAUCGUCAAGCAGUCGGCGCGAGGUUCCGGCAGACGCGGGCGUCGCGCGGCAGGCGGCGACGGGGCCGGAGAAGAAGAAGACGAAGAGGGCCGCGCCAAUGGAGAAGGCGACGAGGACGGGGAAGACGGGGAGGAAAAGGGCGCAGUGAAAGAAGGCGGCCGACGCGAGUCGUCCUACUUUACGCGCCUCGGCGACACGCGCGUGAAUGCGUUUGACCUUGUCGAACGCCAGCAUCUCCUCACGCUUCUGCAUCGCGUUUUGUGCGAUCAAAACCCGCAAACUGCGGAGCCGUGGAAGCUCCCGACGGGGCCUCUGCCGCUCCCACGUGCGGGGCCCAGCGGGAGUCCUCCUCUCUCCCAGAGGGACGGGGAAGAUGGAAAGGGGCGGAAGAGAGACGGCGAGAAAGCGGAGGAAGAGGCCGAGAAAGCGAACGCGGAGAGCGAGAAAGCGAACGCGGAGAGCGAGAAAGCGAACGCGGAGAGCGAGAAAGCGAACGCGGAGGACGACAAACUGCGGAGAGAAGACGACCAACGAGGCGGAGAUGGAGAGGAAGAAACCAAGGAAGGCGCCGGCGGCGGCCGGCAUGCUGCUGCACGGAUCGACCGCAUCAUUCGCGAGGAAGUUCACGGCCAGGGCUUCCUAAAGCUCGACCUGCCGUCGCGAGUGAUGUCGCGCCUGAAGAACUGGAGUGCCCGAGACGUCCAGAAGUGGGGCGAGGCGGAAGACCGGAACCUCCUCAUUGGCGCGUACAAAUACGGCUUCGGUGCCUGGCUGGAUGUGUGCAAUGACCCGAACUUGGAGUUGCCACAGAUUCGCCAGAUAAAGUUUGACAAGUUGAAGAUGCGUGCGCUGCGAACGCUCAAGUUGCUCGAGCAGGACUUGCAGCACGAAGUGGGCAAGCGCCGGCGGCCGCGGCUGCCUCAGCGCGGCAAUCCGGAGCGCGGCGGUGGCAGCAGCGACAGCCCCGCAGACUGCGUCGGCGGUUCACCGCAGUCUUUGAGCGGAGGGCGGGAAGAGGCAGGCGUCGCGCCUUCGGACGCGUUUCCACACGCGAGAGAAGACGCGGAAGGUGCGCCAGGAGACAAUCGAGGCGAAGGCAGCUGCGGGCUGCGCCUGGCCUUGGGCGACGCGCGAGGCAGAAGGGAAGGCGGGCGAGACGAAGAGGAAGAAGACGACGAGGACGACGAGGAAGAUGACGACGACGAACGCCCGAAGAAACGAAAGAAGGCCGACAAGGGCCAUGCUGCGGGAGACGAGGAACGGAAGAGGAAGAAGAAAUCAAAGGACGUCGACGCUGCAGGGCUGGCGAUGCUGCAGGGUGAAGACCUCCGUCGUGCAUGCAAGAAGCUGUUGCGCAGUGUAAAGAAGAAGAUGAAGAAUUUGAAGAAGAUGAAGAAGGAUCCAGAGAGAACGGAGCCUGGCGCGGAUGACCUGGCGGGCUUGGAGUCUCUCACUCCUCUUCUUCUUCCUAUCGGCGAAGCCAUCAUCGGGAUCGUGCGAAGUCUGAAGGAUCAGGGCCAGCCGGAGAGUCUCUGCGAACACGUUGCUGGAGGCUGCUGGCAAUAUGUCGCUUCGUUGACGGCGUUCUCAGCGUCUCAGCUGAGCCAGGCGUUCGCGGCGUUGAGUGCAGGACAGCCCAGCAGCGCGCCGGGAGCUCUCCUUCGCGCAGGCAGUGCUUCUCCGUCUUCGCUGCAGUCCUCUCAUACUUCGUAUUCUUCGCGUCUGGGGGACGGCUACCUGCCGUCGCCUUCUGGAUUCCCUUCUGCGUUUCCGCCCGAGUGCGCGGAGCAUGGAACAGGACCGGUCUCCCUUCGUUCUGAGGCCUCGCCAGGAGAGCUGACGGGACAGAGUGUUUCUGCGCCUGAGGGCGCAGUGCACGUGGUGCAUGCAGACGCGUCCAGCGCGUUGAAGCCGGCUCACUCUGUGUCUAGUCCCUCGAUUUGCGCAAAAGGAUUCGGCGCGGACGCUGGCGGGGUGUCCGCGUUUCCCGCAGAGGCCGGGGCCUGCGAGAGAGCAGAGAAUGCCAUCGCGCAGGCGACGUCUUUCUCGCCUCUCUCUCAGUCUUGCGGACCCUCCUCUUCGCUGGCGGCAAAUGCGAGUGCGCGGGAACAGGUUAGCGAGGAAGCGGAGGUCGGGGGAGAGGAACACGUGUCUCGCACCUCGCAAAUGGAGGUGGAUGAUCCAGUUAGUCACUUAACUGAGCUGUCAGAGGCGUUUGGGGGAGAGAGUGGAGAGGGACGAACUGAAGCUCCAUCGCGGCUUCUCUCUCCUUGCCGCAGUGCGGACGCGAACUGUCCGCUCUCCGGAACUUCCACAUUUGGCAAUGUCUCGAACGUCGCCGGGACAAGCUGA